AGAUAAAGCAGAUAGUGCACGAAAUGACGUUCUUGUUUAAUUAAGAACGAAGAUCUCUCAGGCCUCGUUCGGCUAACUCACUCGAACCUCGAAUGAAACAACUACGACCACGACAACGAACCUCUCUAGCUUUAAAAACUAAUAAUUAUAGAAUUUAACGUAAAAUACGAUCUGUAAAACGACCUAGGAUACAAAUAAAGUUAUGGCAAAAGUUACGAAAAACCGACGCCAGGGGGCGUGCUUACCGCCUUACCUGCUGCUGCUACUGGAGGCCCUCGUGCUGAACCUGGCUGCGGCUAAGCCUAUGGACCGGGAAAGAAUCAAUCCACUGCAGCUGUCCACCUUCAAGGGAUAUCAUUACGAUUACAGUCUAGGAAACAAUGGAGUUUACAAAUUCCACUACAGUCUUCCGACGAGCUCUCGUCAAGAGCAGCGCGACGAGAAAGGCGAGGUGAAGGGAUCGUAUUCCUUCGUCGCCCCCGAAGGUGACGAGUUCGACUUCAAGUACGAGGCGGGCAAGAAAGGCUUCCAAGUGAAGAGCAAGGCGCUGCCGACGCUGCCACAAGACACCGACGAAGUCAAGAAGGCAAAACAAGAAUUUUUUGAGGCGUACAAAAAGGCCCUCGAGCUCGUCGGCUCCAAGGAAAAUGAAGGAAGCAAUCACGGCAGAGAAGAGGUAGACGAAGAGGAGGAAGAGGAUGAUGAGGAGUCCAGUGAAGAGUCCGAUGAAGACGAUGAUGAUGAAGAGUCGAGUGAAGAAGAUGAUGACGAUGAUGAUGAGGAAAGUGAAGAAGACAGCGACGAAGAAGAAGAUGAAGAAAAAGAAGAAGGCGAUGAAGAAAGCACUCAAGGGGAGGAGCAUAAUAAGAACGAGGAUGAAGAGAAGAAAGGUAAAGGAGAAAAAGGAACUGAUGAACGUGAACUUCAAUCUAAAGGUUUCGGUAGUAAAGAACCUGUGAAGGUCGCUACAAAGAACCCUUCUCUCACCAAAACCCAAACCAGUAAAACUUCAAUCAGCAAGGAUUCGAGCAGCAAGACGUCAGUGAACGAGACUCCAGUUAACAAGACUCCCUUCAGUAAGACUUUGGUCAGUAAGACACCUGUCAGCAAGACUGUGGUCAGUAAGACACCUAUCAGCAAGACUUUGGUCAGCAAGACACCUGUCAGCAAGACUUUGGUGAGAAAAACGUUGGUUAUCGAACCUCAAGCAAAUCAGGAUUAUGGGUCAAGAAAAUUCAAGAAGCCACAAUUUUUAUCUAGCGUCUCCCCGAAAAAAAUCGACGACAGUCGAAGUCCUGUGCCUUCCAGUACCACUUUCAAGAGACCGAUUUUCAUUACAAGCCUUCCACCCAAAAGAAAAACCGCCCGUGAAAGCAUAGGGAACUACGGGACAAAAGUCCAGCCCAAAAAAGCCUAUUACUACGCUAAGUAG